AACCCUAACUUUUCUGUUCGCGGUGUUAGGGUUUUACACAAACCAGAAACCCAGAAGCAAAAGCAUUUGAGCGAAGAAGAAGAUGGUGGCCGACAAGACCAAGAAGUUGAAGGUUUCAGACAAGGGCGAGAAUCCGGAGGAAAUCGACGGAGAACUCGUCCUCUCCAUUGAGAAGUUGCAGGAGAUCCAAGACGAGCUCGAAAAGAUCAAUGAAGAGGCGAGCGAUAAAGUCCUCGAAAUUGAGCAAAAGUACAAUGAGGUACGGAAGCCGGUCUAUGAUAGGCGGAAUGCGGUUGUCAAGUCUAUUCCUGACUUCUGGUUAACUGCUUUUUUGAGUCAUCCUGCUCUUGGUGAUCUUUUGAACGAGGAAGAUCAAAAGAUAUUUAAGUAUUUGAGUUCUCUUGAGGUUGAAGAUUAUAAAGAUGUCAAAUCAGGCUACUCUUUCACCUUUAAUUUCAAUCCCAAUCCCUAUUUUGAGGAUACAAAGCUUGUAAAGACUUUUACCUUCCUUGAAGAAGGAACAACAAAGGUUACUGCCACACCUAUAAAAUGGAAAGAGGGAAAGGGCAUACCCAAUGGAGUUAAUCAUGAGAAGAAAGGGAACAAGCGGGCUCCUACUGAUGUCAGUUUCUUCAGUUGGUUUAGUGACACCGAGCAGAAAGAUGAAUUGGAUGACAUUCAUGAUGAGGUCGCAGAAUUAAUCAAGGAUGAUUUAUGGCCAAAUCCGCUUACUUAUUUCAACAAUGGGGAGCCUGACGAGGAGGAUGGUGAUGAGGAUGAAGCUGAUGAUGAGGGAAAUGAUGAGGAUGACUCUGAAGAUGAUGACGAUCAAGAGGAGGAUGACAAUGAUGGUGAGGAGGAGGAUGGCAAGUAAAUGCAUUACGGUGGUAUCACCUUUUUUUUUUCUUUGGGUUGGGGAUGCUGACCAUGGCCACCCUUUGUGUGUCAACUCAUGUCAGCAGGUGUAGCUACCAAGGCUAGUUAGUGGUUCUCUCGAGAUGACCAUAAUCUAUUUAUUGUCCUGUGAAGUUAUUUCCUGUUUCAUCCGUAAUGCACUUUUUCAGAUGAUGGUACAUGGCUUUAUUUAUUGGUUCUUUGUUUUGGAAUUUUUGGUUUUUCUUAGCACGCGGAGGUACACCAUAGGGAAGCAUUUUACAAGUGCGCAAUGAUUCCCCCAGCAGAUAUUCAAAUACCAUUUCAAUGCUAUCCCGUCUAUUUUCCUCCUACGAAUAACUGUUGCAAUGAAUCUUUA